UCCACUUAGCGAAUACGUCCAUGUGCCAGCAAGAUAUAUAGCGCCUAUUCCUGCUAACUCCAUUCUAAAAGACAACACAAGUCCGGACCGAAUGAGUGUCAAUCUAUGUGCUGCAAAGUGUACCUUAUUAUUCCGGAGUGGAAAUUUUCCAUGCUACGCCUUUGAAUACACACCCGGUAGUAAUAUGUGUAUUUAUACCAAUAUUACAACGUUAAUGCUAAAUGCUGGUUAUCUCAGCUUGAAACAGAACGAAGCAGUUCAUUACUACGAGAGACCAAAAGGUAGUUUCAAGAAUCUGUUUCAUGAACAACCUAAUACCGCACUGAAGGACCAAGGAAGCUAUUUCGAUAUUAAAAGAAAUGUAACUGUAGAACAAUGUGCUCAUAUGUGUCUUCUUAGUGCGCAGACCGGAUGUCUAUCAUUUUCCUAUAGCAAACAACUGACAGCAUGCGGCCUUAGCAACAUGUACCAUAGCAACAAUGCAAAAUCGUCUGCUCCAAUAAUGGCAACACCUUUGUACGAUCACUACCAGUUUUUUACUUCCUGGCCUUGUAAUGCAAUUUUACCAAUGAACUACACUCCUACGGCCAUAGCUUCUGUUAGAUUUCCGUACCAAGCUGUCCGAAAUAUACAGUGUAACUUAAAGUUGGAAGCUCCACCUGGACACAAAAUUGAGAUAACUUUUUCCACGGUAUAUUUUGGUAAAGACGUUUGUUCUCACAAUGGGGAUGGUAUUACACUGCAUGAUGGUGAAACAGUGGCAGCUCCCGUGAUUGGUCGUUUCUGUGAGAGAACCGGAAGUGCUUUAAAAAUAAGAAAAUCUACAGCUAACUCGCUCUUCGUUACAUACAAAACUGGAUCCGUCCCAAUGGCAUUCAAAGCCGUAUACCAAUUUGUGAACCCGUGUGAAAAUCACAAAUGUCAAAAUGGUGCAAUAUGUAAUGUGACAAACAGGUCAUAUGUCUGUCAUUGUCCACAUGGUUGGUCUGGAAGAUUCUGCGAGGCAAACAUUGACGACUGCGUAAAUGAACCUUGUCUUUUUGGAGGAAGUUGCGUCGACGAAUUAAAUGGCUACCAUUGUCAGUGUUCAAACGAAUUUUCCGGAAAUCGAUGUGAAAAGUUCCUUGGAAAGUGCGCAGAAAAUCCAUGUGUACAUGGCGUUUGCCACGUGACCUCUCGAUAUAAUUACACAUGCAAAUGCGAGAAAGAUUAUAUUGGGAAAAACUGUGAUCAUAAACAGCAAUAUUGUAGUCCGAAUCCUUGUGUGCAUGGUUCUUGUUUGGAAACGUUUGGGUAUUAUUUGUGCCAAUGCAAAAACGGUUACACAGGUCAAAAUUGUAACAUUCCCGAAAACCCAUGCAAAUAUCGCCCAUGUGCAAAUGGCGUUUGUUCAUCAGUUAACGCAAUUUAUCACUGCGCAUGCACAAAAGGAUUUUCCGGCAGGAAUUGCGAUAUUAUUGAUAAAUGUGCCAAUGUGAAUUGUCCACAUGGUAAAUGUAUUAAUCUGAAUAAUACGCUGAAAUGCGAAUGCGAAUAUGGAUUCACCGGAAGUAGGUGUGAUGUCUUGAUAAAUCAGUGUGCAAAUGUCAACUGUUUUCAUGGAAAAUGCAUCACCAAUAACAAUACAUACUCAUGUGAAUGCAAAGAAGGAUGGACAGGUCCCACUUGUGAAACUGAUAUAGCUAUUGAUCCAUGCGAUAAAGCGCAGUGUGGAAUUGGCAUAUGUGAGGCUCUUCAUGGUAGCCGAAUGGAGUACCGUUGUCUGUGUCCAAAUGGUUACCAUGGGAAAAACUGUCAGUCACGUGGUGUUACCAAUGCAGACAAGUUCCACACUAAGUCCAGACCUUGUGAUCAAGUGCAAUGUUUUAACAGUGGCAAAUGUAAAGAUUUAAAUGGAAAGGCCAUAUGCAGUUGUAAGGCUCCCUUUAGUGGAACUUUCUGUGAACGGAAAUUAAAAGAUUGUAGCUUUCUCCCGUGUCUCGCAAAUGCAACGUGUGUGGAUACAAGGUUGGGACAUGUGUGUAUUUGCCCAACUGGAAUUGUCGGUCAAGUUUGUGACAGAGUAAUGUCUCCUUGCAUUAGUAACCCAUGUAAAACUGGUAUCUGUCAAGAAUCCAACAAUGCAUACGGAUAUAGAUGUGUUUUGUACACGUUGACAGGCCAUAAUAAUGUCACAAUUACUUCAGUAAUUAUACCACCUAACAAUAUUUUAGAUUAGAAAAACAUGUCAUAACACUUCAAGAUCGGAAAGAGCAAAACGACAAUCCCUAGACUCUUCGAUCGGAUAAACAAGUGUCAGAAAAAGCGAGGAUAAAAUAAAUAUGUAUUAUAUCAAACUAUGAAUAUGAUAUUGAAU